UAGACCAACCAAUUAAGUCGUUUAAAGUGGUAACAAACGGUCGAUGCGCUGCUACCUGCUCGGCAACCCCGGAAUGCACGUCGUACAAUUUGCGGAUGAUAGACGAUGAGAUAUACAAAGCAGUCUGCGAAUUAAAUGGAUACAGUGCAUCUCCCCCGACUCCUUCAUCUGAUAAAGUAGACUGUUACAUAAAACCACGUAAACCUGGUCCACCCGGAAUCCCUACCGUAUCUGCACGAAACGACACCGCUCAUGUUACCUGGACACCAACUCAAGAUGACGGGGGUGCAAAGGUCACAAAUUACAAAGUUGAGAUACGUCGUUCCAACCAAUAUACGUGGGAGCUUUUAAACACAAAUGAUCGUAUUCCUGGUACUAGUUAUUUGGUGAGAGGUCUAGUAGAAGGUGUUGAGUAUGAGCUGCGCGUCAAGGCAGAAAAUGAAGCCGGCACUGGUGAACCAUCGCAACCAUCAGGGGCUUUAACGUAUGUCGGACCAAGUGUUUUCAUGAGGCAGCUGCAAACAGGUAAAAUCUCAGAUCUGACAGUCAGCCGACUUGGAAAUAUUGCUGUAACAAAUCCAGUUGUUUCUUCAACAACAAUCUAUAACAGGACUUUCCACAUGAUAAAAGACAUUAGCAUAGCAACCAGGCGUGUAAGCCAGACCAUAGAUGGCCAGCUUGUUUUCACAGGUGCAGACGGUAAAACGAUCUACUUCUACAGUGAAGAUGGUACACCAAUACGAACCAUCACUUGUGGAGCCCCUGUUAGGCAAGUGACGGGAAUAGCCGUGAUGCCUUCGGGUGAGCUGGUAGUGACUGAUUUUUUCAACGGAAAAGUACUACUGUUAGAUCCCUCAAAUGAGAACAUCACCAGUAUUCCAACACCCGGAAUGUUCUCAUAUCCUCAUUUUGCGGCAAUUGACAAAAACAAUAAUAUCAUAGUCAGCGACCUCUCAAAUGUUAAGGUCACAAUACUGGAUACAGAGGGGCUUGCUCUUUUCAAUUAUGCAGAGCCAGGUUCUGGGGAGGGACAGCUAUCGAAUCCUACAGGCGGGGGUAUUAUUUGUGGGAGAUACCAAUGGCAAGGUUUUCAUCGUCACUUACUGAGACUAAGUCCGGCUUCGUAA